UCCAACAUAUCUACUGAUCAGAGAAAUUUUAAAGCAUACUGGGAAAAAGAUUAAGAGCAAAUGGGUUCUUUAAUGUCAGGAUGGGACUCUCCAACAAAGGAUCCCAACUCAGUGAGAAGGUGCAAGUCACUGACAAGAGAAGAAAUCGACGCUUUCUGGAAAACAAAGAAGAAGACCGAAGAGAAACAUGUUCAAGCCGUUUCCAACUUGGUAGCUCAGGAAGUUGCGGAAAGUCAGGGGAUAGAGGAUCGUUAUGAAAACCAAAGCAAGACGACUGGAUGGUGGAAAAGAAGCAACUGGGCGUUCUUGAAUGAGCCGAGGGAGGAAGAGGGUCGACCCAACAAUUACGUUCCGCAGUUCCAAGUAGCUCACAUCGCCAAAAUCGCCAGUAACAGCGCUGGAGUCACCGGCUAAUCACAAGUCAUCUCGGUGAAUUGUGAUUUUAGUUUUCUUUUGUGAUGAUUUAAUUACUGGGAAGUCACAUGUUAUGUAUGAUAUGGUGGUUACUUUAAUGUGUUGGCCGUAUUAGUAUCCGAAUGUGAGUAUAGAUCAUGUAACAAUGGUGUGGGAUUUUAAUCUUUUUUUAUAUGUACCAUUAUAUUUUUGGUUGUGUGGGAAGGAAGUGUGAUCUCACAAUGUGAGAUUUCUGCAUAUUUUGAUAUCAUUUUAUGAGCAGGCUGCAUGGGUGCGUGGCCAUCUUUUGGUAGUA